AUGGAGGACCAAGAUCCAAGCCUCGAAGAGGUGGAGGUCAAGGUCGAUGCAGAAACCCAUCUGGUGCAACGGGAGGGCGCCGAGACGUUCUGGGAGCUCUAUUCAAAACUGGGCGACUGUUACAGAACUGACAUGGCAAGACUGACGCACUCAGGCGAAGGCCCUGCGCAGAGCAGCAUUCUCGGCUCGGGCUCUGAAUAUGUUGGGGGCCUGAAGUCCCCAAUUUUCCUUAGCGGUGCAUCUGAUGACACUGUGGCAAAGUCACAAGGCCUUCGGUUGCAGCAAGCUCGUUGUGAACCCGAUGGCGCUCGCAUGUUGCCACCAGCGCCCGAGGCCCCGUCGCUGCAUGAGAGCUCACACCACUCACAAGGCGCCCAAGACGCCCACUUCGAUCUCCGAGCAUGUUGGCUAGAUCGUGCCGGGACAAAUCCGCAGAAAACCGAACUGCAGCGACGCAGGAUGAGUUUGACUAGCGUGGAUGUUUGUCGCGAAUCAGUGACACAGCUACUUGCUUCACAGCCGCGCUUUCUUGUCUUCUCGCCGCAUGAAAAUUUCCGAAGAGCUUGGGAUGUCUUGUUCGCAGGCUGUGUUGUUUUCGAACUCAUUCUGAAUCCCCUACAUGCCUUCGAUAAUGCGUGGUCCUUGGAGCCCUUUGCACGUAGCAGCUGGAGUGCCUUGGAGUUGGUACUGCAUGUCUUCUGGAAUCUCGACCUGCUGGUGACCAUGCGAACUGCAGUCUUCUGCAGCGGGUACUUGGAUUUCAGGCAAGGUGCCAUUCUCAAGAGCUAUGCAAAGGGACUUGUGAUGUCAGAAACACUGGUUGCCAAGAUCAAUAUUUGCAACGUCUCGGUGCAGAUCGCGCUGAUGCAGCACGUCAUGGCUUGUGCAUGGUACUAUGUGGGAAGUACGGAUCCGGUCGAUGGAUGGGUCGCAAGAUCUGUGACUCACAGCGGAACGAUGGGUUACAGGUACACUGCCUCCCUGUAUUGGAUGCUUUGUUGCUUUGGCUUUGGGACCACGGAGGCAGAACCAGUGACGCAGCUAGAGAUUCUGUUCGGCAUCAUGGCUGCCAUGGUUGGGCUGGCAAUUUUCUCCUUACUGCUCGGCGCAAUCACAACCAAUUGCGCGAUUCUCAGCAGAGCAGCAGAUGACCAUCGGCAACAGUUCCGACAGCUGAGAAGAUUCCUGGCGUACACCAACGUUGAUGCAGAUCUGCGAGUGCGCAUCACCCACUUUCUGGAGCGGGCUUACGUUUUGAACAGGGAGGAUCGUCCGGAGUCUGAGGUACCUUUGCUGGCACUAUUGUCCAAGCCCCUGCAGCGGGAACUACAAUUUGCGAGGUAUGAAGGGUGCUUACGAGAAGUCGGUUUCUCCAAGUACUUGGCAUCUGUAAGUGGUCACCAUCCUGCCGAACUUCUGGUUCUGCAGCACCUGGCUACACAUGCCAUCUCACAGGCCAUUGUUCCAGCCGGUGAUGCAGUGUUUGAAUCGGGGACGCUUGCCCGUGCAGCGUAUUUUUUGCUUUCGGGCCGGUUUGGCUACAGUGUAGACAGGCUUGACGUGAGUGUUGAAACGGACCGCUGGGUAAGUGAGAUGACUCUGUGGACGCCUUGGCUUCACUCUGGGAACCUGACGACCAAAGAAGAAUCCAGCGUGGUCACCCUGCUAGAGAAGGAAUUCUCCAGCUGCAUGCAACGCUUUUGGGAUUUUUACACGCUAGCAAGAACUUAUGCCAGCGAGUAUGUGGGCGCAAUGAGUGAGCAGAUAAUUGUGACAGACUUGUGGGAAUAUCGGCUUUCAGACAGCGACACGGAAGAGCAGCCUCCUCCCCGGUCCUCAACUAUAGCGCGCAGGAUGCUGAACCGCAUCGUAAAUGGGACCCGGGAGUCGGACAAGGUUGUACCUGCUAGCUGA